AUCAGAUGAACGUAUCCGUAAAAUAUAUGAUCGUCAAGACAAACAUGUCUGUCGACUGUGUGAUGUUUGCGGCCAGACCAGUCGGCAAGUAAUCACUCCUCCGCACAUGUCGAUGUGCGGAAUGAUGAGUGACCACCCGCCGCACCGCCCGGCGGCGCGCAUCUCACAGCCUCAUUAGACGACCAUACUGUCAACCAACCAACGAAUCGACACACACCACGCCACGCUCUCAUCGUCGAUGUGUCUGGCUACACACACACUGGCUCGCUCGAGCAGACACACGAGAAACACACGAUCCUAUUACUAGCCACCAUCGUGCUCUUGCUGAUGCUGCGGUUGCCUGAGGCCGUCAAUCAGGCGCAUGGCCGCCUCGGCGAUGGCAUGCUGGCUCGAUAUCAGACGCUCCACACGCUCACACCAGUCCCCCAACCUGCACACAACACACAACACAGGCAUGAGGUGGGGCCACCAUCGUUGACGUGUCCGCGUGUGAGUUCGUCUCACCAGUGUGGCGGGUACGGCUCGCCGAGCAUCUCUCCCGCACUCUCCCUCUGCACCAUCUGCUUCCAUCGGCUCAGCUGCGUCAGCUUGUCGCCAAAUCGGCUGGCCAUCUCGCGCACGGCCUGCUCAAGAGUCGAUAGGCACAGAGCCUGCUCACCACAGAGAGAAGGACUUUCCGUCGGGUCACCAGAUGAGAUGAGGUAUCUGCACUGACUUACAUCGAGUUGCGAUGUGGCUGGGUCGAGCGGCUCUUUGUCGUGCAGUAUCGACGGCAGUGAGUCGAUGUCAUCGUUCAGGCACACACGCAGCGUGGUCCACAGCGACGCCGCAAUCACAGGAGGGCUCACUCUGACCACAGAACAAUCCCAGCCACCCAUCAUUGCGCAAUUUGCUUUUUGUGUCCAUCCAUCGUUGUGUGUCAUGGUCACCUGAGGAGGUGCUCCACAGGGAUGUCGUGGUGGGCCAUGAUGAACUCCUUGGCCUCGGCGGCUUCGCCAUCGUCUGGCGGCUGGAAACGGAGGGCGAGGGUGUCGUGGGGAUUGGGGGGCGGGGCGGUGAAGCCGUAAUGCAGCAGAGACUCCCAUGACUGAAGGUAUGCACACAUCGAUCACAUGGCCAGUCAGUCUCCAUGACAGGACAAGAUGACGGUCGGUUCCCUGCCUCUCUCUACCUGUAGAGGGCCGUAGCUGAGAAACACUUGCACACCUGCCUGCUUGGCGCCGCUGCGCAUCGACACAUCCACACACCUGAUGGCAUCAAUACAACCAACCACAUGAGUGAGUGAGUGAAUUGCACAUUGUUUCCUCCCUCCCCACCCACGUGCCUUGCCUACCUUUUGACAGCAUCGAAGCGUGGCACGUCGCAUUGCCCCCUCGCGUGAUGGUUCAUCAUAUCGACAGCAGGCACCAGACACGAACACCGACCGUCGGCCAUGUCCAGCCACCCCUCCGCCCUCACACCAUCCCCCACCUCAUACACGACCACGCGCCCCGCAUCCUUGUCCUUGCACUCGGGCAACACCGGGAGAAAGGGCACUGGCGAGGAGUCCUCAGCAGCAUCGCCGCUCCCAUCCUCCUCGUCGUCGGCCAUGGCGUUGGUCUCCCUCUUCCGAACCUCCGACAGAGAUGCCGGCUGGACGGCUAGCGCAUGGAACGACAGAGGCGGCAGGGAGGGAGGCGGGUCGACCCUCAGCGCCACACAGCGGGAGUCGAUGACACUCUUCGCCCAGAGGAAUCUGUCCCAGCCAAAGUGGGACGGAGGGGCGAAUACGUGAGGGAAGAGCACACCGAGUCGCGAGAAGAGGCCGCAGUACAUGGUGUAGAGGUCGCCCUUCACCGUAUCAGCCGCCUCCUUGACGGCCUCCAUCUCGAGGAAGUCCAGCACUUCUGGAGGGCCAAGCAGCAGCGAGUCGGUGUCGUCAGGGAUGAGUGAGAGGGGAAAGCUGGGAUGGCGGGUCUCAAGCAGCAAGAAUAGCAUCAGCACCACAUCACACGGGAUGGUCUCAGGCAGCUCUGCCCACUCAUUCUCGUCGGUCUUGAUGCGUUUGGCGGGCCGCGCGUUUCCAUCCCCCUCUUCUCUCAUGGCAGCGUCUUCGAUUGGCUUCCUGGCUGCAGGGCACAGCAGGUAGACCGCCACCACGCCAAAGACAGCCGACGAAAGAGCCGAGAGGACAUUCAGGAGGCAUUUCUCAGGGACGGAUAAGACCGUCGUCCCCGAUUCGAUUGGCCCAGUGGUGUACCAGCCUCGCAUGUGGGUCGAGUCGGCCGCCUCCGGUGAGGCGAGCUGCAUGUGGGGAUGCACGAGGCCGCCUUGAGCGGAUAGCCAUUGCUGCAUGCUGUGUGUCUGUGUGUGCAUGGGGAGAGGGGCUGAGGGGAGGGGGCCGCAGGCCGGCUGACAGAAAGUGUCGAUCUGCUGCUGCACAGACACAGCCAGGGGAUGUGUUGCUGGCAGGCCCAACGACUCGACGGCAGCUUGGCAGCGAAACAGGGCCUGCGAAUGACGCCAAGCAACGUACGCCAAGCAACGCCAAGCAACGUACAUCUGUGACAGCCGGAUGCAUGACAGACAGGUUUUGGACAGACUCUGACCUUUCGAUGGUUGGAUGGGUUGUCAUAGAUGGUGUCAAGCGCCGCAUAGGCACUCCCCUCAUCCGCAUGCCGCCGGUCCCACUCCCAGUCGUGCAAGAAGUAGAGAUCUUGCGGACUCAUCGACAGCACUCGGAAUGCGUCCACCAGCCGCCUCACAUCGUCCCUGUCAUCAUUCCAGUGGUAAUAAGGCCGAGAGGCGCCCUCUUCCUGCUGCUCAUGGAUGCUGUCACCGAUGCCCAGCCGCUGCAAGAUGAUCUGUUGCAGAUUGAUCAGCUCGGGAUGGCGUUCUGCCGCAUCCUCCUUAAGCAGCAGUGAAACUUGCAUCAUGGGCAUCUCUCAACGCCG